UGUAAGCAUGAUGUUGCCUGGGUAAUCAGCGGAGGACGUUAGGAGACAGAGACCUACAACCAGCUGAAGGCAGGUGAAGCACGCAGGACAGCCACACCUCAUGCGUGGGCUCAGAAAAGGUCCGAGUGGAUACGGGUCAGACAAACAUGGGUGUGCUCCAGCUCCACAAUCCCACUCACCCCAGCACGCUUCUGCAGCGGGCCAAUCAGAUGCGUCUGACCGGCACCUUGUGUGAUGUCAUCAUCACAGUGGACGGCCAGGAGUUCCCGGCGCACCGAACCGUCCUGGCCUGCACCAGUAAAAUGUUCGAGAUCUUGUUCCACCGCAGCAGCUUGCGCUACGCCCUGGACUUCCUGUCCCCCAAGACCUUCCAGCAGAUCCUGGAGUACGCCUACACCGCCUCGCUCCAGGCCACAGCCGAGGACCUGGACGACCUGCUGUACGCCGCUGAGAUCCUGGAGAUAGAGUACCUGGAGGAGCAGUGUCUGAAAGUGCUGGAGACCAUCCAGGCGGAGGAGACGGAGGAGGUGGCAACGAGGACUCACAGCUCUGGAGACCACAGUGACCACAGCCGGGCCAGACACUGGAGGCACAUGUUGAUGUCCAAGAAGCAUUCCAUACAGGAUGGACCCAACCGCAUCACUCCCACCGCCCUGCACCACCUGGCGCUGUACCACAUGACAGAGGGAGGCUCUCCUGGCCCAGAGUCCGAGGCGCCUCCUAAAUUGAGCCCCAAGAUGGACACGGAGGUCGACAUGGAGAACUCCCAGCAGCCUCAGCGCCACAGUGCAGAGUUAUCCCAGGCCUCAUCCCUGGAUCCCGGCAGAAGUAUAAAAUCGGAGAGCAUGCAGGUGGAUGAUGCCAACGGCUGCGAGGCCAGGUCCUCCAGCACCGGUGAGGGAAGCUGCAUGUCCGACCAGCCCAGAGACGAGGGCCCGGGGACACCCCUGAGAGGCAGCGUGAUCACCAGCGCCCGAGAGCUGCACACAGGCCCCGAAGAUGGAGGACAAGUGGCGGGGAACUCUCCCGACUCUUUCCCCGGGAUCUCUGAGAAGCAUCUGUCCUCCAUAUACUCUGCACCCUCCAACCACACAGGGGAGGGGAUGCUGCCAGUGUCCGUUUCAGUGGCCCCGUCCCUGGGCGUGCCGCUGGACCCGAGGGCCUACAGCGGCCUGCUGCACCAAGGCUUGCUGCACAGGGAGCUCCUCAGCAGGCUGGGCCAGUUUGCUGCAGGGAUGAGGCACGAGGGCCAGGCUCAAGGCCAGCAGUGUUGUGGCGAGUGCGGGCUUCAGCUGCACAGCAGGCAGGCCAUGGAGCAGCACAGGAGGCUGCAUAACGAGGAGAAAGGCCACGGCUGUGAAUAUUGUGGCAAACACUUCCAGGACAGCAUGCGGCUAAGGAUGCACAUGCUGUCUCACACAGCUCCUGCAGAGGCGCUGGUGUGUGAUCAGUGUGGAGCAACAUUCUCCUCAGAGGAUGCUCUGGAAGCCCACAGGCAAACACACACAGGGACUGACAUGGCGGUGUUCUGUCUGCUGUGUGCAAAGCGCUUCCAGACCCAGAAGGCCCUGCAGCAGCACAUGGAGGUCCAUGCAGGCAUGCACAGCUACAUCUGUAGCCACUGUGAGCGCCCCUUCCCCAGCCACACUACUCUCAAAAGACACUUGCGCUCGCACACGGGCGAUCACCCGUUUGAGUGUGAAUUCUGCGGGAGCUGUUUCAGAGACGACGGCACACUGAGGGGCCAUAAACGCAUCCACACAGGAGAGAAGCCUUACGAGUGCAACGGCUGCGGGAAGAGGUUCAGCCUCAAGCACCAGCUAGAAACACACUACCGUGUACAUACAGGUGAGAAGCCAUUUGAGUGUAAGCUGUGUCACCAACGGUCCAGAGACUACUCGGCUAUGAUCAAGCACCUGCGCACUCACAACGGAGCGUCUCCGUACCAGUGCACCAUCUGCCAGGACUUCUGCCCGAGCCUGGCCGCCAUGCAGAAGCACAUGAAGGGCCACAAACCAGAGGAUGUGCCGGCGGACUGGAGGAUAGAAAAGACUUAUCUGUACGUCUGUUACGUCUGAGCAGGACUUGGACCCCACGCGCACACACACACACACACACACUGUCACUGUUGGGUGAAAACCUCGUAACUCCAGUGUUGCUGUUUUUUUUAUGCUGAAAGAUCACAUGUCUCUUAAUGGGUUUAAAGGUGCAAUUUGUAAUCACUGGCCACAUGCUCCCAAAAAAAAGAGGGAGCAGUGUUUCUCCCUGUGCAAGUAAUGCACGACUUCAUAAACUCAGCUAUGACACUCGUCAAGAUUGUGUACAGUUAGACACAUUGUUCUCUGUGCGCACCACUGAGUCCGCCAGGACUCUAAGGACUAAACCAAUGCAACAGUCCCUUAAAUGCAGAAUCUCAGUUUGAGUGUGGGUGUUAAUUUUAACUUUACUUGUAAACUAAAGCUGCUAACCGCUGUACAGCUAACAUUGUAGCUGCAUCUACUUCUUCGUCCUCUGUGAGGACAGACUAGAUGCUUCAAUGACUCACUGCCGCCUCUCGAAGCGAUAUUACAAGAUGCUACGGGCCGAGGCUAGCUGAUUAGCAUGCUAAUUUCAGCAACAGAAUACAUUGAAUAUUCUAACAUAACGGUGACGGGUAAUUCUGUUGAUGAUGUUAAUUCAUUUUUAGAAUGUUUAAAACUAAACAUCUUGCCAAAUCUUCCAAAUUGCACCUUUAAAAAAAUAUUCACUCUUUUUGGAUAAACUGAAAAAUGCUUUGUGGGAAGCUGUCAUUCUGGGAGAUACAAGGUUUUUACCUAACAACAGAGACAUGUAAGCACGAAUACAAAUGUGUGUACACACUAGGGCUGCAACUAGGGAUACACCGAUAUAUCAGAUGUUUAUCUGACAAAACAAUCCUUUAAAACAGUUGUUAGAAAUGAAAAUAUCUUUGUUUCCCUUGCAGAAAGGGAUAUUAAAUAGGGAUGUCCAUAUCAGGCUUCAUGAACCAGUUGUUUAUUAGUUGCAUAUGUUGACCCCACUAGUUGGCGCUAUUGGUUUAAAGAAAAGGGCUCAAGGAAUCACAUGCUUUCAACUAGUUUUGGAACAAGUACAAAAUUCCAUGACUUGAGUCAAAGUACAGCUACUUCUACGAACGUAGUCAAAAAGUACCUUUUUUUCUUUUAAUGCUCUGAAACAACCAACUGAAUGCACUGACUGGCUUGUGGAACUUGUAGAAUUGGCUUUUACUCAUGAAGGUUUCAUUGUAGUUGUCGUCAACCCGAGUAAUUAUACAACUUCACCUGGUUCACUUCACUGUCUCCUCUCUGCUCUGCUGUUUUUGCUGUAUGUGUGUGUGUGUGUGUGUGUGUGUGUGUGUGUGUGUGUGUGUGUGUGUACAGUAUGUGGAGGAGCUCAGCCCACAGCCACAGAGGAGAUGCUGCAGUGUGACAGUAAAUUACACCUUAACAUAACCAAGUACAAAUAAAAGAACCAGCAGCUUUGGAGCUUAUCUAUUCGACAGUCUUUAAUUAUUUAGCCCUGUUUAAUUCUGGGUUUUGGCACAUUUUAGAAAAGGAAAGUCAAAGUAACAAGUACUUUGGAACCUUCAUGGAAAUACAGCCAAAAGAGUCAAAAGUACAACAUUUGUAUUUAAAAUGUAUCGGAGUAAAGUUUCCCAAAAAAAUGUAUAAUCAAGUUCAUUACAGAUGCUUGAAAAUGUAUUUUGUUUCUGUCGACCCCUGCUUUCAGUCCUUUGUUGAACAAAGGUCGCCAUCUAGUGGGCUCAGAACAUAAAAUGGUUCAUGAAGCUUCUUUGGCCAACAUGAGAAAUGAAAAAAUAAAAAUAAGAACAACAACAAUAAACAUCAGUGUUGGCAUCGACUAGCAGACAAAUGGUUAUUUUAAAUGUCCAGAAUUUCACAAUGGGUGCAUCCCUAGCUGCAACUAAUGAUUAGUGUCAUUGUCAAUUUUUACUACUAAGUGAUGAAUCAUUUAGUCUGAAAAAUGUGGGAAAAGUAGUCACAUUUUGGUGACAAGCUGAAAUCUAUAAAUAACUAACAAUCCAGUCUGAAAGGAUUUAGUUUACAAUGAUAUAAAACAGAGAAAAGCAGCAAAUUCUCACAUAUUGAGAAGCAGGAAACUAAAUAUUAAGCAUUUCCCCUGAAAAAUAAACUCAGAAUUGAGUUUCCUGACGACUUUUUGUUUCAGCCCUAGUGCACACUCACAUACACACACUCUCCCUCAUGCACACACGCAGUUUUGAUAACUGUAUCUCUAAUGGAUCCACUGUGGUUAAAAUCGAAGCCACAAUGGCUCGCCUGCUGACCUGUGUGUGUAGCAGGAGCUUUUUGAUUGAUUGAUUGAUUGAUUGCUAAACCAUCAGGCAACAUGAGUCAUCUUCUAUGAUUGUGCAGUAGAUGUUGAAAAUAAUUCCACGAAGGCUUGAUUGGCUGAACUUUGCAACACCAUCUCUCUCCUAAAUUCCUGUGACUUCUCAGUUUUAUUUUCUGCUGUUGGAUUUUUAUUUUGGAGUUGUUUAUUUUCUGCAUGUUUUACUUGAAUGGCUGCCACGUUUUGACCUCACAAGCUUGAUCUCUUUAAUUGCCUUGUCUUUCUUGCAGUGGGUGUUAUUGUUUCGAGGUAGCUGGCUUACAAUUUGAGUUUCUCUUGCAAUGUAAUAGGUUUUGCUAUUUAUAUGUUGUUUAUUUGUUACCAAAUAUGUGCUGGUUUUCAUCACACAGUCUGUGUCUCUUGGGAUGAUUUCUAGUAGAGCGAGCUCUACCUCUCCUCACUUUUAAACCCUACUGCAAAUUAUUCAGUCAUCAGUAGUUUUAAUUUUCUAACAAAUGCAUCAUAAUUUAAAUGGACAAACAGUGUGUAAAAAAACAGCCUCAACAUGGCUUUUAUGUGUAGUUUCUUUUUUUAUCAUUAACUAUAUAUAGAUGUCUUAUAAAAUCACAGAAUCAGAAUUUUCUAGGAGAAAAUUGAAGAAAAUAUGAAAAGAAGUCGUCGUUUUUUGUUUUUUUUACAAAAGCCUGAAAAGAAAAUUCUGACAUUGAAUCACUAUGAGCAGGUUAUCGUCAGUCGUAGUGUAGCUGUAAUGUACAAUGUCACGGUAUGUUAUUCCCUUAUGUGAGCCUAACACAGGCCUUAUAGAUUUAAACAUGUUGUAUUUUUGUAUUACAGUAAUUUGCUAUCUGUUUACAUUUGGUAUGAUUUGAGAAACAUCUUAAUGUGUGUGUUUUAUAAGUCUCUGAUUUGAUUAAGAUCCCUCCCUUGUGCCUCUUUUAUAAGUAGAGCAUUGAUGUGCUUGAGUACAUGGGUCUGUGCUAUUGGUAGUUGUUUCUGGGUGUUUGUUUAUUGUUACUUAAUUAAAGAUAGACUGCCAUGUAGAUCCACUUUGUCUGAACAUUGCAACUGGAAGCAACAUACUGUGAUAGUGGCUGAUACUCUGAGACAAGCGUGUACUUUUUACAUCACAAUUGCUUGGAACUUGCAUCAAAUUGUUCCCUUCAAAGUGACAAUGGACUGAGAUCUUUGGAUGAAAACAGUGUGUAAAGCGAAUCUUGGCGUCCUUGGGCAUAACCAAUGCCUUCUUAAGUAG